AGAGCCAAUCCAAUCUAAAAUCAAAUUAGUUAGGGGAACUUGAGUGAGGGUCAGUCCACACUAAACUAUCACUCCUCCCACCAGAAACACAAUCACACAACAUGACAACAGCAGCAGCCUGCUUCUGAUUUCUUUCAUUUAUAAUUUACAUCGCUCUCUCUCUCUCUCUCUCUUCCUGACUUCUCUCUUUGAUUCCUCCGAUCCCAAAACCCUAGAGACCAGAGAGAGCAGAUCGCAAUCGGAUAACAGCCAUGGCCCAAGCGAAGCCUGGCGGAGAGCGCCAAGUGCUGGAGUCGAUGUACUCGAUGAUUGCUCUCGUCUUCAUCCUCGUCGCCUGCGUUGAGCUAUGCGACGCCGCCACAGUCGUCGACGUGUAUCGGCUGAUCCAGUACGACAUCUCCGGUGCUCCUUUCGGAUCUCGACUCGCCAACCUCAACCACCAUGCUGGUUCUUUGCACUUCGCUCCUGGCUCUGAUCUCUCCCGCACUGUCCUCAUCAUCCCCUUACGUGAACUCAACAUCUCCUUCGUCAAAGAAUAUAUUACUCAAAACCAACCUCUGGGAGGUUUGCUGUUUUUGCUGCCCCAGAUUUUUAAUAUAGAAAAUAGAGAAAGGGCAAAAAGUAAUCAUCAAACUGAUGGAGAGGAGCUAUUGAAGAAUGAUCUGGCCGAACUUGAAAAAUUACUUAUACAUUCCAAGAUACCUUAUCCUGUGUAUUUUGCUUUUGAAGAUGAUGAUAUUGAGGCUGUGUUGGCUGACGUAAAGAGGAAUGAUGCCACUGGUCAACCUGCUACUGCAACUACCGGCGGAUAUAAGCUUGUUGUUUCAGUGCCAGAACCUAAGAAACGUGCAUCACCCACCAUCACAAACAUUCAGGGAUGGCUCUCAGGAUUGAAAACUGAUGGAGAUGCAAAUCAACUUCCAACUAUUGCUAUAGUAGCAUCAUAUGACACUUUUGGGGCUGCUCCUGCUUUAUCAGUUGGAAGUGAUAGCAAUGGAAGUGGUGUCGUGGCACUUCUUGAAAUUGCUAGGUUAUUUUCUGUUCUUUACUCCAAUCCUAAGACAAGAGGAAGGUACAAUUUACUUUUUGGGUUAACAUCAGGAGGGCCUUAUAAUUACAAUGGAACUCAAAAGUGGCUUCGGAGCUUUGAUCAACGCCAGCGCGAGAGUAUUGACUAUGCUAUUUGCUUGAAUAGUAUUGGAUCAUGGGAUAAUGACUUGUGGAUUCAUGUGUCUAAGCCUCCAGAGAAUGCCUACAUUAAGCAAAUUUUUGAAGGUUUCUCUAAUGUAGCAGAAGAAUUGGGCGUUAAAGUUGGUCUGAAGCACAAGAAGAUAAAUAUUUCAAAUCCCCGAGUAGCUUGGGAGCAUGAACAGUUUUCACGGCUGAGAGUUACUGCUGCCACCCUUUCUGAACUCUCUGUUGCUCCUGAACUGUUAGAAAGUACUGGCAGUCUGGUUGAUGGCAGACCACUCGUGAAUGAAGCUGCAAUCAUUAAAAGUGUCAAAUUAGUUGCUGAGAGCCUUGCGAGGCAUAUAUAUGGUCACGAAGGAAAGAACGUCCAAAUCUUUGCAGACAACAGUAGUCUAGCAGUCAAUCCUUCUUACAUAAAGUCAUGGUUGGAUCUCUUGUCACAAACACCCCGUGUGGCGCCGUUUUUAUCAAAGAAUGACCCAUUUAUCUUGGCAUUGAAGAAGGAAUUGGAAGAUCAUACCGAUGAGGUGAAUGUGCAGCAUGAGGUGCUUGACGGGAUGUUUACUUUCUAUGAUUCAACUAGGGCUAGCCUUAAUGUAUAUCAGGUUGCUAGUGUGACAUUUGACUUGCUGUUGCUUCUGGUGUUGGGAUCGUAUUUGAUAGUACUUUUCAGUUUCCUUGUCAUCACAACUAGGGGUCUUGAUGAUCUGAUCAGUUUAUUUCGACGACCUCCAUCACGUAAGGUGAAAACAGCCUGAUUACCGGAGAUAGGAUUAUGCCAGAAAAUUACCUUUUUCUUUGGUACAGAAGAUUCUCCGUGGCUUAGAUUAAAAUUGAUGAAUUGACACGUUAGUUCAUGUCAUGAGGAUCGUUCAGUUGUUGGUUAUAGGAAAAUGCUUAUAACUUUUGUGCCAGAAUGACACGCAUCAAGGUGCUGAGAAUUUUUUUGUUGAGAUUCAUGGUUUAUACAAGUAGUAUUCUGGCAAUUUUCUGGGCAUAGGUUGAUGUUUACGUUUCUGCAUGGCAAUUGAAUUCGAAUACGGCUCAAACAAACAAGGGCACUGGUCAAGAUAGAACUUUUGUCUAUGGUCUAUGAUAAUUGUAGCAAAGGGAUGCACUUCUAGAUUUUUCUCUUUUAUUUUAGUUCACUGUCUAGUCAAUAGUAGCCAAUUUUCAGAGUGAUCAAUUUUAUCACCCCUUUUUGUUUUGCUAAUCUUAAUCUGCCAUGUUGUGGGUCUUACCCUAUUGAGUGCAAUCGAAUGUUGACUAAUGUUUUUAUGGGUUAAA